UGGAAUGACGGAACUAGCUUCGGGACACAUCCUCCAUCUAGAGAAGGAGUGUGUCCCUGUUCAGGCUCAUUUCAACCUUGUCAACCUUCCUCUCACUUGGAACCCACCAACGGGUUCCUAUCAGGCCAAACAAACAUGACGAUGACGACUCGCAAAACCAACAUCCUCUUUAUCACCCUCCUUGUUACCAUCAUAAUUGCAUCUUCCAUUUAUCCUGCUUCUGCUCAUGGCAAGAAGAAGAGGCUUGCUCAUAAUCGCAUUAAGAACUUUCAAAAUGUCACUUAUGAUGGCAAGUCUCUCUUCGUCAAUGGAAGACGUGAGCUCCUCUUCUCUGGUUCCGUCCAUUACACAAGAAGCACCCCAGAUAUGUGGCCAGUGAUUCUUGAUAGAGCCAGACACGGAGGCCUGAAUGUCAUUCAAACUUACGUGUUUUGGAAUGCUCAUGAGCCUGAGCAAGGCAAGUUCAACUUCGAGGGAAACUAUGAUCUUGUGAAGUUCAUCAGGCUUGUUCAAGAGAAAGGAAUGUAUGUAACCCUCAGGGUUGGACCUUUCAUCCAAGCAGAAUGGAAUCACGGAGGACUUCCAUAUUGGUUAAGAGAGGUUCCAGACAUCAUAUUCCGCUCUGACAAUGAACCUUAUAAGCAACACAUGCAAGCAUUUGUGACAAAGAUUGUGCAAAUGAUGAAAGAUGAGAAGCUCUUUGCUCCCCAAGGAGGCCCCAUCAUCUUGGCACAGAUUGAGAACGAGUACAACCAUAUCCAACUUGCUUAUGAAGAGAAGGGAGACAACUAUGUCCAGUGGGCUGCAAAUAUGGCAGUAAAACUGUAUGAUGGAGUUCCAUGGAUCAUGUGCAAGCAAAAGGAUGCCCCUGAUCCAGUUAUCAAUGCAUGCAAUGGAAGACACUGUGGUGAUACAUUCUCAGGCCCAAACAAACCAUACAAGCCUACCCUAUGGACUGAGAACUGGACUGCUCAGUACAGAGUAUUUGGAGAUCCAGUUUCCAUUAGAUCUGCAGAAGAUAUUGCUUUCUCAAUUGCUCGCUUUUUCUCUAAGAAUGGAAAUUUAGUCAACUAUUACAUGUACCAUGGUGGAACAAAUUUUGGAAGAACAAGCUCAGCCUUCACAACAACCCGUUAUUACGAUGAGGCACCUCUUGAUGAGUAUGGUCUGGAAAAAGAACCAAAAUGGAGUCACUUGAGGGACGCUCACAAGGCAUUGCUCUUGUGUAGGAGGGCUAUACUAGGUGGUAAACCCAGUGUCACAAAGCUCAACCAUUUUCAUGAGAUUAGAAUGUUUAAGAAGCCCGGAACUAAAAUUUGUGCCGCUUUCAUCACUAACAACCACACCAAUGAGGCAGCUACCAUUAAUUUCAGAGGAAGGAACUACUUUUUGCCAGCACAUUCCAUCAGUGUCCUUCCCGAUUGCAAGACUGUAGUCUACAACACUCAAAGCAUUGUUUCACAACACAAUGCAAGGAAAUAUGUGAGGUCAGCUGUUGCGAACAAUCACAAGUGGGAGGUGUUUUAUGAGGCUAUUCCAUCAUCCAAGAAAUUGCAAACAAAUGAAAAAACUCCUGCAGAGCUUUAUAAGUUGCUUAAAGACACCACAGAUUAUGCAUGGUACACCACCAGCUUCGUGUUGAAGAAAGGAGACUUGCCAAAGAGGGGUGGGGCAACCCCAAUUCUUCGUAUUAUGAGUCUCGGACAUUCACUCCUUGCAUUUGUAAAUGGAAAAUACGUUGGAACUGCUCAUGGUACCCACGAAGAGAAAUCCUUUGAAUUCGAGAAAGCUGUAAACUUUAAGGUUGGAACCAACCAUAUAUCCAUCUUGGCUAGCACAGUUGGACUACCGGACAGUGGAGCCUACAUGGAACACAGGUACGCAGGACCCAAGUCCAUCAACAUCCUUGGCCUCAGACGUGGAGAGCUUGAUCUCACUCACAAUGGUUGGGCUAACCGGGUUGGUCUCAAGGGUGAGGCCAAUGGCAUUUUCACUGAGGAGGGAUCACAAAAGGUUAAAUGGAGUCCACUUGCAGGACCUGGAAGGGCAAUCUCCUGGUACAAGACAAGAUUUACCACCCCAGAGGGAAGAGGUCCGGUUGCCAUCCGUAUGACUGGUAUGGGGAAGGGAAUGAUUUGGGUGAAUGGUCGUAGCAUUGGUCGACACUGGGUCAGCUUCCUCUCUCCUCUUGGACUACCUACCCAGGCAGAGUACCAUAUCCCAAGAGCUUACCUCAACCCAAAAGACAACUUGCUUGUUAUAUUGGAGGAGGACCAAGGAACUCCAGAGAAGAUUGAGAUCAUGAAUGUUAAUAGAGAUACAGUGUGCAGUAUCAUUGAGGAGAGCGAUCCCCCCAAUGUCAAUUCAUGGGUGUCUUCCCAUGGACAGUUCCGUCCCAGAGUGAGCAAUGUUGCAACACAAGCUUCCCUCAGCUGUGGAAGUGGCAAGAAGAUUGUGGCGGUGGAGUUUGCAAGCUUUGGUAACCCUUCAGGUUCAUGCGGAAAGUUGGUUUUGGGCGACUGUAAUGCAGCUGCUACACAGCAGAUUGUUGAGCAGCAAUGCUUGGGAAAAGGAUCUUGCAAUGUCGAUUUGAACCGUGCAACCUUCAUCAAGAAUGGCAAGGAUGCUUGUCCUGGUUUAGUAAAGAAACUUGCUAUCCAAGUCAAGUGCUCAUACUAGAGUUGGUUGUUUCAUUGAUUGACCUUGUUAUGUCCAUAAACUCAAAAUGUCAUUGGUUUUUUUGUAAAGAAUGAUUUUGCUUUUGAAUCAAUGCUACAUUUGAAAAGCUCA